AUGGCCCGCUCCAUGAUGUUGACCGCCGCAGUGCUGCUGUGCUCGGGUGCUCUCUUCAGUGCCUUCGUGCCAGCUGCGCGUCCCGUCACAUCGACGCCGAAGGUGUCAGGAACGACCGUCGCGGUGAGCGCCGCCCUGCUUGCGCCGCAGGCCGCAUUCGCGGAUGAGGGAGCGGUGUGGAUUCCUGCGCUCUCCGCCAUCGGUGCUGGAUUUGCCAUCGGCUUGGCCGCGAUCGGUUCGGGAGUUGGUCAGGGCAUUGCAUCCGGACGCUGCAUUGACGGCAUCUCCCGCCAGCCAGAGGUGGCCGAUGACUUGCGUGGUGUGCUGCUGCUGUCCCUGGCCUUCAUGGAGUCCUUGACCAUCUACGGCUUGGUCAUUGCCCUGGUGCUUCUCUUCGCCAACCCACUGAUCAAGUGA